CGGGCUGGGGACUGGGCCGUGCCCCCUUGCUGCCCAAGACGCUGGGGUACAAGGCCCUGAAGACACCUGCCUCCCCAGACCCAGGGCCCACGAGGCACAUGGGUUUCUAGGUGGAAUCUGCAAAGCUGCCUCAGGCUGGGUGUGGAGGACGGGGGUCCAGAGGAGGAUGGAGGAGAUGUGGGGGUGGCUGCAGGGGCCCAGGAGAGAGGGAGAGGCUUGGGGCUGGGGGCAGACAGCAGGGCAGACUCCAGAAAUGUUUGGGAGGGAGGAUGUUUAGUAGGAAGCCUGGGGUGGGCAGCUAGCCUCACUGGUCCGGGAUAGAGACCCCCGUGUGGUGUCCUUACUGGCCGGGAUGGAGACCCCUGUGUGCUGGCCUUCGUGACCUUGCUAGCUCCCCUGGGACCAGGGGUCCCCCGAGGCAGGUGGCAGGGCAAGGUCCUCCACAGCCUCCACCUCAGGAAGACAGGGCUAAGUCCCCUGGCAUAUGUGAGCAUGUGUGUGUCUGGGAGCAAACGUGUCCACGAGUGCACACCGAGGUGACCCCCUGCUCCUCUGCACACCCUGUGACUAGCUCGGAGGGGAGGUCAUCCCAGCUCUCUCUUCCUGGCAAACCCUAGACUCGCCCAGAGCUGGGCAGGUCCCCACUGAAUUUUUGACCCCAGCCUGCCCAAUGACCAGGGUUCCAAUGCCUCCACUCCCCUUGGGGUCAGGCCUGGGCAUAGAAGGAUCUGGCCCGUAGCAGCCGCCACUGUGGGUUGUCAUAGGGGGAUUGGGUGCAGCGAGACCCCAGGUUCGGUGUCUCCUCUGUCAGAUGGGGAGGGCACCUCUCCUGGCAGCUGGGUGGUGGAUGAAGCUACCUGGGUGGGCGUGGACAGGCCUGUGCCCCACAGAGCCAUGUCUGACAGGGGCCACAUGUGGAAAGGCCCAGAGGUGGCAGUGGAGGAGUGGGGUGUGGGGUCCGGAGCUAGGAGAGCUUGUGCCCAGGACUUGUUUGGAGCCCAUGCCAGCCCAGGGGAGGCCUCCAGGCCCCUGGCAUCAGGCCUUGCUCACCCUUGAAGUUCAGGGGGCCUGUGAGCCCAGCAGGGUGGGAGGGUGGCACAUUGGGCCAUGGGUGGGGAGGGCUGUGCCCCGAGCAGAUGCACCCCUGGAGCUCCUAGGACUGAGGAGGUGGAGGGGCCGGACCUCCAGGCCGGGGUGUUGUGGGUGGGGGCGGGUGGGAGUGAGCAGGGGAUUCACAUGGCCAGGUGGGUUCUGAGCACCUACUGGGUGCUGGACCGCAAAGCAGGAGGAGGUGCCCUCACAAACGAGGAAGCUGCAGCGUCAGUUUCCCAGGUUGCCCUGGCUCUUUGCCCGGUGGGGGUUUCCCUGGCUGCUCAGAGCCUUCCCAAAGGUCAGGCCAAGCCCAGCUCUCCCGAAGCCACCCCAGGGGCCAUGGAGACGUCCCCUCCUUCCCAGAGGAGGUUCCCUGCCCCGCCUCAUGGGGGCAUUGGACACCUCAGAGAGGCGCAGAGCCUGGCCCAGCUCACACAGUGAGGCAGCAGCAGUGCAGGGCCAGUCCCAGGUUCCACCAGGGCCCUCACGAGGCCAAGAACUGGACUGUGAGUCCCCACUGAGCCCUGCUGCAGACGGGGAGCAGGCUGGGUGGUUGAGGGGACCAAUGUGCGGCGGGGGCCCUGAGGAGGCCAAGCACACGCCUGCCUCAGCCUCUGAGGAAGCCUCUCCCCACCCUGCUAGGUGCUGGGAGGCGCCCAGGACCAUGGGGGCAGCUCCAUCUCUCCAACCGUGGGGGGCCCCAGGCCCAGCCCCAGUCUGGCAGAGAGCAGCGUGGCCCACAGGCUCCUUCCCCAGCACCACUGUGUGCCAGGAGCAGGACAGCUUCCUGCGGGUCUGGGGCUCCAGGCGCGGGGGGCUGGUCUGGGGUUCCGGGUGCAGGGGGCUGGUCUGGGGUUCCGGGUGCAGGGUGCUGGUCUGGGGCUCUGGGUGCAGGGGGCUGUGUGUUCUGGGGCUCCGGGUGCAGGGAGCUGGCUGGUUGGGGGCUCCAGGCGCAGGGGGCUGGUCUGGGGACGGGAGUGGACUCCGGUGGCAAAGGGCCUGCCUGCAAGGUGGAGGGUUGGACAAGUGUGCGGUUUUCCUUCAUUUUCCUUUUCUGUCUUGACGAAGAGCUGGCGUUUUCUUGCUGCCGGGACAGACGCUGCCUUCGUGACUCACGUGGCGGGGUCCUCGGCCUCCAGUUGGCCCAUCUCACUUCUGUCCCCAUCCUUGGUGUGUGGGGGGCGGGGACCCUCCCGCCUCCCGACCCCUGGAGGGCAGGGUGUUCCACAGCUCCCUUCCCCAGCUCCCUCCAAGCCUGCUCAGCCAGGCUCCUUGGCAACUGAGGCUGUACAUCCAGGAAUUCUCCCCCCACCCCUAGAGGGGCGGGCCAGCUCCAUCACCCCGUCACCUCCCGCGGGGCGCUGGGAUUGAGGGGCUGCCAGGCUCCUGGAGCUGAGGUGGGGGCUGAGGGGCGGCAGCCAGCCCCAAGCCUGAUUUAAUUACCACUAACAAUGUCUCCCUGGGGGUCUGGCUAAGGAGGGGCCUGUGGGACCGGGAAGGACAGGCCCAGAGUCAUUGUGGGACCCCAGGAGUCCGUUUUCUAAGCCUUGACAAACAGCUCUGACAACAGAGCGCUUGAGCCUGGGCACUGGCCUCGAAGGGCCGGGAGAGGAGGUAGAGGCUGGGGCUCUGUUGCCCACUCCACCCCAGGGGUAUCCUUGAGACUGUCACCUCUGGCGGUGAGCCCUGUCCUGGCUGCACUUGGGGCAAAUAGUGAGGCCACAGCCUGUGCUUCUGCCUCAGCCUGGGGAAGGCUGGGCCGGGCCGAAGAUGGAGGUCAAGUCCUUGGGACAGGAGGAGACCCACGCCUGGGAGAAGUGGAAACCCACCCAGAAGCUGCCAUGCAGUGUGACCAGUACCACAAGGGGAUCAUCUCGGGCUCCGUCUGCCAGGACCUGUGUGAGCUGCGUAUGGUGGAGUGGGGGACCUGCCUCUCGGUGGCCCCGGGCCAGCAGGUGUACAGCGGGCUCUGGCGGGACAAGGAUGUAACCAUCAAGUGUGGCAUUGAGGAGACCCUCGACUCCAAGGCCCGGUCGGAUGCAGCCCCCCGGCGGGAGCUGGUACUGUUCGACAAGCCCACCCGGGGCACCUCCAUCAAGGAAUUCCGGGAGAUGACCCUCAGCUUCCUCAAGGCGAACCUGGGAGACCUGCCUUCCCUGCCGGCGCUGGUUGGCCAGGUCCUGCUCAUGGCUGACUUCAACAAGGACAACCGGGUGUCCUUGGCGGAAGCCAAGUCCGUGUGGGCCCUGCUGCAGCGUAACGAGUUCCUGCUGCUGCUGUCCCUGCAGGAGAAGGAGCACGCCUCCAGACUGCUGGGCUACUGCGGGGACCUCUACCUCACCGAGGGCGUGCCACAUGGCGCCUGGCACGUGGCCGCCCUUCCACCCCUGUUGCGCCCACUGCUGCCGCCUGCCCUGCAGGGUGCUCUCCAGCAGUGGCUGGGGCCCGCGUGGCCUUGGCGGGCCAAGAUCGCCAUCGGCCUGCUGGAGUUCGUGGAGGAGCUCUUCCACAGCUCUUACGGGACUUUCUACAUGUGUGAGACCACACUGGCCAAUGUGGGCUACACAGCCACCUACGACUUCAAGAUGGCCGACCUGCAGCAGGUGGCACCUGAGGCCACCGUGCGCCGCUUCCUGCAGGGCCGGCACUGCGAGCACAGCGCCGACUGCACCUACGGGCACGACUGCAGGGCCCCGUGUGACAGGCUCAUGAGGCAGUGCAAGGGCGACCUCAUCCAGCCCAACCUGGCCAAGGUGUGCGCACUGCUACGGGGCUACCUGCUGCCUGGCGCACCCGCCGACCUCCGCGAGGAGCUGGGCACGCAGCUGCGCACCUGCACCACGCUGAGCGGGCUGGCCAGCCAGGUGGAGGCCCAUCAUUCGCUGGUGCUCAGCCACCUCAAGACUCUGCUCUGGAAGAAGAUCUCCAACACCAAGUACUCUUGAUGGGGCAGUGAGGGGCCCGGCCACCCUUCCUGGAGCUGGCCAGGUGCCAGGGUCCAGCCCUUCCUCAAGGAAUCCUGUCAGAUGUGAAAUGCAACUUUUGCAAAAUCACUCCCCUACGGUCAGGACUCUGGAUUCCAACACCACAGACAUGAGACCCCGGCUCAGAGCAAAGGCGGACAUCCCGGCAGGAGGGCCCUCCAAGGGAGUUUGUUACUCUGAAGAACGUAAUGUCAAUAAACAGCUUUUAUGUAAGGCCCAGGGCUGAGCACCCUGAGCCCCCAUCGAUGCUGCGCGUGAGACCCUUCACCCCGCUGUGGAUCCACCCAGCCCAGGCACUCAGGCUGGGGUUGAGCCCCUGAAUCCUGGGGAGGCAGCCCUCAGGUGUUCAAGGUGAGAUCUAUUCCAGAGCCCCUGCCUGCCCUUCAACCCACACACCUCUGAAGCCGCCAGGGCAGUUCCCCGAACAUAGUGGCUUCUGAAACAGCCAAUGACCAGUACCCCCCCAAACCUGGGCUGUGGCAAACAGACCAGAAAAAAGGUGUCUUAGUAAGAAAACAGAUACAUGCGGUAUUUUAAAAACUGAUUUUACAAAAUCCAGCCAUAAGAUGUAGAACUCAUUCCCUAGGAAACAGCCCAGGAAUGGCCGUCUUCUCCAGCCCCGUGCGCUCUCCCCAGUAGCCCAGGGCACCCAGCAGCCGUUCCCUAGGAGAACAGGCAAGGACCCUGGUGGGAAGAUCCCACCACAGCAACACCUUUCUCCAGGGCGGGCUGUGCUCCGCAACGUAUGAGUCAAGACAAUCCAUUCCAUUCCAUUCCAGACCAAUUUAUUCUCAAGUUUUGCCAACACAGAAUAUUAUCCUUAAAGAAAUGUUCAUUUAAUCUUAAUUCACUUCAUCCUGUAUUUUAAAAUAAAUGUUUUCAAUAUAGAUUUCCCCCUUGGGGGGGAAAAAACUCAGGA